AUGGUCGAAUCAAACAGUGAAAAGGAAAAUAUGGAUGUUGAUGCAAAGGAGUUUUUGACUGAGGAUAAUUUGGAAUCAAAAGAAUCUGGUAAAUCUCGAAGAAGUAAAUUUGGUUUUGGAUGGUUAAAACGCUCCCAUGGUAGCUCCAAGAGUAAAAAAGUUAAGUCCAAGGAAAUUGAGAAUAUACAAUAUCAGCAAAAAGAGGACGACUGUAACAACUCUAGUCAAUCGAUCUCUGGACAAGAAGAUACAAGUACUGAUUUAGAAAAGUCACAGUUCACUUCAACCAACCCAGCUAAUAUUUGGGAAGAAAAAACCAUGAAAGGCAGACAAGUUCUUGCAGGUAGUGUGGAGUCAUCUUUUGACGGCAUAGGCGAUUCCUCAAGUAAGUAUUCCUCGUCCCAUAGCUCUGACAGUGGGAUUAACUACACUGGGUUCAGUGUCACAAACAACACCAGGCAUUCCAUAGAUCUACUGAAUUUAGAAAUGGACAAUACCGAGUAUGAUGGGGCUCAAGCAAAAAAAUCAUCAGGAGCUGGAACGAUCAAAGGAGGUAAUCCAGCUGAUUUGCUUCCUUCUAAAAAAUAUGUUGAAAGUAUCCCAGUGGAAAGGGUGAAAGAGAAGGCCGAGAGCAUAAAUCUCCAAUUAGAUUGGGAUGGAACAUCUGAUAUUUUAGAAGCAGUAUUUUUUUGUUUCCGGAAACUCAUUGAAGAUAAGGACGAUGCAAAUAGGCUGUUAAGUGAGGAUAACAAGCAGCUGGCACAGCAACUUGAAGAAAACAACAAAAGGUCAACAUCUGAUCUUGAAGAAUCCCAAAAGAUAAUUUCCAAGCUUCAAAAUGACCUGAAAGAACUAGAAUUGUCAAUUGAGAGUGAAAAUAAAAUGUUCUAUACGGUUGUCCAAGAAGUAGAGAUGAAAAGUGCUCAGGAAUUGAGCAGGCACAAAGAAUCAAUUGAGCAGAAGGCGAUAGAAAAAAUAAAACUUCUUCAAGACGAAAAUAAAAAUAUAAAGGGUCAGCUUGAACUGCACACAAAAUGGAGAGCUGGCUCCCUUGACUUUAUAACUAGUUUUUGUGACGUGUUUCGGGACUGUGCCAGCCCAGAAACAAUCUCACGUUAUAAGCAUUUUUUGGAAACAAUUGACGAAAACUGGCCACAAUCAACUGAUUCCGUAUUAGACGAAACGCAGCAAAAACUUAUGAAUCAAAUUAUCCCGGAGUUUUUGUCUGAUAUACUUUGCGACCGGUUCUUCAUUGAGGUGGGCACCUCUUUUAACAAUUGUUUGGAGACAAACCAAAAUUUGUUGAUUUCUAACAGAAGCCUAAAACGGAAACUUUUGAAUGGGAAACGUAUUGUUAAGGAAACCGAAGAAUUGAUGUUCAAAGACUAUUCUGUUUUCUAA